GUGUGAGGGACCAGAGGAGCCGGUCGGGUCCACGCAGCCCGGCGGACUGCAGCUGUCCCCGGAGCUCCAGGCGCCAGUGGGCGGGGAAGUGGCAUUGUGACUCGUCCAGGUCCCUCCCCGGGCACUGUGAUGCUGCCGGGCAGCUGCUGGCCCAGCACUUCUGUCCCCGGUCCCCUCCGGCUCAGCGAGUCACAACAGCGCAGGCGGCGGUAUUCGCAGCAGUCGGGGUGGGCAGGCUCACGAGCCAGGCGAGCGGAGAACGGCGGCCGCGAUGCGGGAAUGCAUUUCAGUGCACGUGGGUCAAGCUGGAGUUCAGAUUGGCAAUGCCUGCUGGGAGCUUUUCUGCCUGGAGCACGGCAUCCAGGCGGACGGCACCUUUGGUGCUCAGGCCAGCAAGGUCAACGAUGAUGACUCCUUUACCACAUUCUUCAGCGAGACAGGCAAUGGGAAGCAUGUGCCCCGAGCUGUUAUGGUGGACCUGGAACCUUCGGUCGUAGAUGAGGUUCGAGCAGGAACCUACCGCCAGCUCUUCCACCCAGAGCAACUGAUCACAGGAAAGGAGGAUGCUGCUAACAACUAUGCCCGGGGUCACUACACAGUGGGCAAGGAGAGCAUUGAUCUGGUGCUGGACCGCAUACGGAAGCUGACAGACGCUUGCUCGGGCUUGCAGGGCUUCCUGAUCUUCCACAGUUUCGGCGGUGGCACUGGCUCAGGCUUCACAUCUCUGCUGAUGGAGCGUCUCUCCCUUGACUAUGGCAAGAAGUCCAAGCUGGAGUUUGCCAUCUACCCAGCACCCCAGGUCUCCACCGCAGUGGUUGAGCCCUACAACUCCAUCCUGACCACGCACACCACCCUGGAGCACUCGGACUGUGCCUUCAUGGUGGACAACGAGGCCAUCUAUGACAUCUGCCGCCGGAACCUGGACAUUGAGCGCCCCACCUACACCAACCUCAACCGCCUCAUCAGCCAGAUCGUGUCCUCCAUCACCGCCUCACUCCGCUUUGACGGGGCCCUCAACGUGGACCUCACCGAGUUCCAGACCAACCUGGUGCCCUACCCCCGCAUCCACUUUCCACUGGUCACCUAUGCGCCUAUCAUCUCUGCUGAGAAGGCCUACCACGAGCAGCUGUCGGUGGCUGAGAUCACCAGUUCCUGCUUUGAGCCCAAUAGCCAGAUGGUGAAGUGUGACCCAAGACACGGCAAAUACAUGGCCUGCUGUAUGCUGUACCGGGGGGACGUGGUGCCCAAAGAUGUGAAUGUCGCUAUUGCUGCCAUCAAGACCAAGAGGACGAUCCAAUUUGUUGACUGGUGUCCUACAGGCUUCAAGGUGGGCAUCAAUUACCAGCCACCCACCGUGGUGCCAGGAGGGGAUCUGGCCAAAGUCCAGAGGGCGGUCUGCAUGCUGAGCAACACCACUGCGAUUGCAGAGGCCUGGGCCCGCCUCGACCAUAAGUUUGAUCUCAUGUAUGCCAAGCGGGCCUUUGUGCACUGGUAUGUCGGAGAGGGAAUGGAAGAAGGAGAAUUUUCUGAGGCCAGAGAGGACCUGGCUGCCCUGGAGAAGGAUUAUGAAGAAGUGGGGACUGAUUCAUUCGAAGAAGAAAAUGAGGGGUCGGAAUUUUAAAUAUACACAUUCCCCUUGAUGGUGUGUCUAUAUUUAUGCUGCUCACAUAAAGCACGUUGAACUAGGCAAGGGUAACAAGAUUAGAUUUUGUGAGACUCUGCCUCAAAAUAAAUAAAUAAAUAAAAAAGGUUGAGGAUGCACCUCAGAGCAAAGGGUUCAAUCCCCAGUAUCGAGAGAGAGAGAGAGAGAGAGAGAGAGAUGAGAGAGAGAGAGAGAGAGAG